AUUCAGCCCAAACGGGAAUACCGGCGUUCGGCGUUCGGUUCUCUUCGGUAGGAUCGCACGCCUGGAAUGGGUGGCCUGGUGUUAUAGGCAAAAUAUGAAAAUGGUAGCAUUUAGUUCUGACUCGCAAAUCAACCCUCGGGCGAGACCUUAUCAUCAACCAUGGAUUCUGGCCCGCUAUCAGAACCACCCUCACGGUCGCUAAAGGGCAAAGUUGCGAUUGUUACUGGCGCAGGCUGCCUAGGUGAUGGUAUAGGCAAUGGCCGAGCGAUUUCAAUCCUCCUGGCAGACGAUGGCUGCGACGUGCUAUGUGUUGAUCUCAAUUUGGGAUGGGCCAACAAGACCGUGGAGAUGAUCACCGCGAACCCUAAUCGCGGGCGUGCAAUUUCUUUUCGCGCGGAUGUAACCUCUGAAACCGAUUGUGAGUCUGCAGUUCAGGCGGCGAUUGAGAACUUCGGUCGACUCGAUAUCCUUGUCAACAAUGUGGGAGUCGGAGGUGCGCCGGGGACAGCUGUCGAUGUGGAUAUGGUGCAGUGGGCAAAGAGCAUGGAGAUCAAUGUCGCGAGCAUGGUGCAGAUGAGCAAGUAUGCAAUUCCUGUGAUGGCUCGGAAUGAGGACGAGAUCAAGGGGAGUAUUGUCAAUAUGGGUAGUGUUGCUGGCUUGAAGGGCGGCACUCCGCAUCUCCUGUAUCCCACAUCAAAAGGUGCCAUCGUUAAUCUGACGCGUGCGAUGGCGGCUCAUCAUGCCGCGGAGGGUAUUCGUGUGAAUUGUGUCUGUCCAGGCAUGCUUUAUACCCCUAUGAUGUAUGGGAAAGGAAUGAGUGAAGAGGCUAGAGAGGCUCGCCGAAAGCGUAGUCUUUUGGGAACCGAGGGGAAUGGAUGGGACUGCGCUGGUGCUGUCGUGUUUCUUGCUGGUCCUCAUGCUCGGUGGAUGACAGGAGUCAUUCUGCCUGUUGAUGCAGGGACAACAGCGGCAGUAGGAAUUGGAAUGACAAAGAGCGCAAGUGUCAACGGUUAGAGAGAAUUUCUAUGACAUGUAUAUUGAAAUUAUACAAGCAAG